AUGUCUGUAGAUGAGACAUCAUAUUACCGACCCUUGUACAACCGCAACGGUCCCGUCGCUGUCGAAGAAGAAGAACUGCUUCCUGCUGGUGGCCCAGCGUCGACUGUAACAGCUCCCCAAAUGUUGACAUCAACUCCGCUUGCAAGUUCGAGCUCUUGCGAGGCUUCGACAAACACAGAGGUUGGUUGCGAAGUAGUAGAUAACAACUGCAGCAGUGCACCAUCGGCAGCAACGGGCAGUGGUCGCGCCAGGUUGAAGAACCGGAAACUGAUCAAAAUGGGACCUCCUACAACUCCGGGGACGAGUAAAGAACACUCGUUCGGUAUAGGGGAGACCACGAAAGGACCGUUUUUAUCAUCAUCACCAUCCUCAUCUUAUUCCGGGGCCGCAAAUCAGAAUCAUCUCCGGCAGGAGAGGCAUCCUAAUGGUCCUCCGUAUCAACAGCCAACCGCCACCGAGCUUUGCCGGCAAAUACUUCAGCUUGGUAACGUUUCGGCUCGCAGCACGACUGAUGGAAGUAGGGAUAAUAUUGCUGUCAAUAAUUUUCGUUUUCCCAGAGAACAGCAGGCAGUAGAAGAUUUGUUCCGGCGGCCGCCCACUCCGCCGAUCCCUAACGCCUUGCUUCCAGUGCAAGUAGACCGGCUUCGAGAGCAGGGGCUGGAUGCCGAGCCGUGGUUUGAGAGAAUGCAGUCCGAGGAGAUGAGUAUGGCAGCUACUACGUUGCAGGACAGAACGGAUAAUGAUCAUGCUGAACAGGGGCUGGUCCCGGAGCACCUUCCGGUUCAUGUGUCGUGCUGGCCGCCAGAGAAUGAACAUCGAAGAGCUUUUCUUGAGGGUCAUCGUGGUGCGACAGGAACAACACCAAUAGAGAUAAGUGGCACUGACACAGCAGCUCCACCCUCGUGGUCUACUUCAGGUUCUUGCAGUCUAGCUAUGCACCCGCCGCACAUCUUCAACCUGCGGUAUUGUAACAACGAGACGGCAUCUUCACCAUCAGGCAUGGCGGCGGCACCGGGUUUUGAAGAGCAGGUUACAGAGCCGCAGUUCCAGCCAUUUGUUCCCAUGGGAGGAGGGGAAAUAGGGGCUCCUGCAAUGGGAUCAUCUUUCGGCUCGAUGUUGCGCUUGGCACAGCUCCUAAGGCAGCCGUCCUCCUACGCAUCGCAAGCAGAAGCAAAUGGACUGCGCGAGGUGAUGGCCGGGCCGGGGCUAGUUCCGGCGAUGGAACAAGGGUCCGCCGGGCCGCAACAAGCAGAACAGCAGCGAGUCUUGGAUCACGUAUUUUUGUCUUUGGUUUGACAUGUUGAAAAUAUGAAAUAUCGGCUGCGGUGAAGUUUUGAAAAAAAAAGACAGUCAUCAUUAAUUUUUCACAGCUCGAGUCUCCGAUGACCUCGCGCGACCCAUCAUCUCCGUCUUCAACGGGAGGAGAACGAAUGCCAAUUCUGUUCGGACCAUUCCCGUCUGUGAACGCUGCAAACCAGCUCGAAGGGUGGCUGCAGCGGCUCCGGAGCAGAGGGAGGAGGACUUCUAGUGGGUUCGAAAAUUAUGAUCUUCAAAACGAACAUCAUAAUGAACAACACCCGUUUCAGCCUCAGCAACGUCGUCUCGGAUUGUUGCAGCAGCAUCAAAAUGUUGGCACAACGAGUAGAGAAAGGUCGUCCCCAGGGUUACUUGAUCAGCAGCCGGGACAAUCGACAACCAGUGCAGGAGCAGCUCAUCCGGCAUCGACACCCACACUACCACCUCUUCGUGCCGGUUUGACGCGCAGGAGCUCCUCCGGAGGAACCACAACUACAUCUCCGGCUGUCACAUCAAUCGAUCCGGCUACAGUCGCCAAUUUGACCACGUUGCGCGCGCGUGUUUACCAUCUGCAGCUCGAACUUUCUUCGCGGGAAGACCAGUUGGCGCUGCUAGCGCGGGUUUGCGAGGAUGUGUCGGAGCGGUAUCCCUUUGAUUUACUUUCGGAAAGUGGGAUGCGCCAGUACGCGGAGCACGUGACGCGGAAUGCAUGGGCGAACGCGCUGGUGGUCUGUCCGCCAUGGGGUAUGUACGACCUCCGGGCGAUGCGCUGGCUGGACGGCAGUUUGAUUUUUUCCCUGUGAGAGUGAUUUUUUUUGUUUUUGGACCUUUUAUUCUACAUGUUUCUUUUUUGCAGAGCAAUGCACGACUUAUUUUGAUGUUGAGAGAAACGAACGAGAAAGAUGGAUAGCUUUUGCCGAUAUUAAGUACGAAAAAUUGCGGCGAAAACUGUUUCACGAAGGAACCGAACGAAAUCAAGCAUAAGCGAGCAUUUGCCAAUCAGCUCUGCCUGCAUAAUGCGAAUAUUUGAAAUAGAGGCGUCGUUUCUUUUUUGCAUAAAUGCUUUUGCUUUUCAUUUGAUUUCCCUUUGCCGUGCAUGAAUGUGGCUUUUGUCUGAUUCAAGAAUGACUGUAUAGAGGCUCACCGCGCCGGUAGCUGUGUUACAGGCGGUAGGCUAAAAAUGCAAAACGCGUCUUCAACACCAGGAAUAAAGCAGCUGUAUAACUAAGUAUAUGUUCGGAGAGACAAUGUGUUGUCUGUAAAAAGAAAAGAAGAAAACGCAAAUUGAGUGCGACACAGAGCGCGCAAU